GAGGUGCGCUCACAAUUACCUUGGGCUGACGGAUCUUAUGUGAAGAAAGAAGUCGACCUCCGCAUUCUUGAGCUCCUCGGUCCAAGAACUGUUGACGAUCUUGUGCCGAAGAAGAAGGGGUUUGACUGUCGCAGUGUAGAUUGUUUUUUGCAGGCUAAGAGGGAAGAGAAGCCACAGGAGAAGAAGCCUGUCUCCAAAAAGAAAACUCCAGAACCUAAGCAAAAUGGCACCGCUGUCAUUCAAGAAAAUGGAUUCCCUGAUGAGAGCGAUGGAGCAGCAACCAUCGAGGAGUUGAUGCGGACCCGCGCACACUUCCAUAAGGUUGGCGAGAAUUAUAUGACAGACGGCUAUGUCACCACACCGAAGACCAAAGAAUUGUUGAAAAAACAUGUGGAAGCUACUGGCGGAAAGGUGAUUACCAGGUUUCCACCAGAGCCGAAUGGUGUGCUUCAUAUUGGACACGCAAAGGCAAUCAACAUCAAUUUCGGGUAUGCCAAGGCUCAUAAUGGUUUGUGUAACCUACGAUUCGAUGAUACGAAUCCUGAGAAGGAAGAAGAGAAAUUCUUUACUGCGAUUGAGGAUAUGGUCCACUGGUUAGGCUACACUCCUGCUAGGAUUACGCACUCUUCUGAUAACUUCCAGCAACUGUAUGAAUGGGCCGUAGAACUAAUCAAGAAAGGGCACGCUUACGUAGACCACCAAAAAGUGGAGGAUAUCCGAGGGUUUGAUGUUCAGUAA